AUGACUUCAAAAGCUAUCGGAAUUGAUCUCGGCACUACCUACUCCUGUGUUGGAGUAUGGCAAAAUGACCGAGUCGAAAUUAUUGCCAACGACCAGGGUAACCGCACUACCCCUUCGUAUGUGUCCUUCUCGGACACCGAGCGUCUCAUCGGAGAUGCUGCAAAGAACCAAGUCGCCAUGAACCCGGUCAACACCGUGUUCGAUGCCAAGCGCCUCAUCGGUCGCCGCUUCGAUGAUCCUGAGGUCCAGUCGGAUAUCAAGCACUUCCCCUUCAAGGUCGAGAACAAGGGUGGCAAGCCUGUGAUUUCUGUCGAGUACCGUGGCGAGACCAAGACCUUCACUCCUGAGGAAAUCUCGUCCAUGGUUCUCCUCAAGAUGAAGGAAACUGCCGAGUCAUACCUUGGUGGUACCGUCAACAACGCCGUCGUCACUGUUCCCGCCUACUUCAACGACUCUCAGCGUCAGGCCACCAAGGAUGCCGGUGUUAUCUCUGGCCUCAACGUUCUCCGUAUCAUCAACGAGCCCACCGCUGCUGCUAUCGCCUACGGUCUCGACAAGAAGGUCCAGGGGGAGCGCAACGUACUUAUCUUCGAUCUCGGUGGAGGAACUUUCGAUGUUUCGCUCUUGACCAUCGAGGAAGGUAUCUUCGAAGUCAAGGCUACCGCCGGUGACACCCAUCUUGGUGGUGAGGACUUUGACAACCGUCUCGUCAAUCACUUUGUCCAAGAGUUCAAGCGCAAGAACAAGAAGGAUCUUUCUACCAACCCUCGUGCCCUCCGUCGUCUCCGCACCGCCUGCGAACGUGCCAAGCGCACUCUCUCGUCGGCUGCUCAGACUUCCAUCGAAAUCGACUCGCUCUUCGAGGGUAUUGACUUCUACACCUCGCUCACCCGUGCUCGUUUCGAGGAGCUCUGCCAGGACCUCUUCCGUGGCACUCUCGAGCCCGUCGAGAAGGUCCUCCGCGACUCCAAGAUCGACAAGAGCAACGUCCAUGACAUUGUGCUAGUCGGUGGUUCUACCCGUAUCCCUCGUAUCAUCAAGCUCGUCUCCGACUUCUUCAACGGCAAGGAGCCCAACAAGUCCAUCAACCCUGAUGAGGCCGUCGCAUACGGUGCUGCCGUCCAGGCUGCUAUCCUCAGCGGUGACACCUCCGAGAAGACUCAGGACUUGCUCCUGCUCGACGUUGCUCCUCUCUCCACUGGUAUCGAGACCGCUGGUGGUGUCUUCACCGCCCUCAUCAAGCGCAACACCACUGUCCCGACCAAGAAGUCUGAGAUCUUCUCGACCUACUCCGACAACCAGCCCGGUGUGCUCAUCCAGGUCUACGAGGGUGAGCGUGCGCGCACCAAGGAUAACAACCUUCUCGGAAAGUUCGAACUCUCCGGCAUUCCUCCCGCCCCUCGUGGUGUUCCUCAAAUCGAGGUCACCUUCGACAUCGAUGCCAACGGUAUCUUGAACGUCUCUGCCGCGGACAAGACCACCGGAAAGUCCAACCGCAUCACCAUCACCAACGACAAGGGUCGUCUCUCCAAGGAGGAGAUCGAGCGCAUGGUCUCCGAGGCCGAGAAGUACAAGAAGGAGGACGAGGAAGCCGCCGCUCGUAUCUCUUCCAAGAAUGCGCUCGAAUCCUACGCCUACAACCUGCGCAACACUCUCCAGGACGACAAGCUCGCCGACAAGUUCGAAGCCGGCGACAAGUCCAAACUCCAGAGUGCUGUCGAUGAGGCCAUCGGCUGGCUCGACGCCUCCCAGGAAGCUUCCAAGGAGGAGUACGAGAGCAAGCAAAAGGAGCUCGAGGCCGUUGCAAACCCGAUCAUGUCGAGGUUGUACGGCGGUGGAGGAGCCCCUGGUGGUGCACCUGGUGGAUUCCCCGGUGCUGGUGGAGCGGGUGGUGCUGCACACGACGCCGACGGCCCAUCCGUCGAGGAGGUCGACUAA